AAGGCCAAGCUGGAUCUCCGUGGACAAAGUUUCCAGUGGUAGGUGUGAUUCAUCUUUAACAUGGUCAUGAAGGUGGCAGUGAUUGGAGCAGGGCCGUCUGGUCUGACCAGCAUCAAGGCUUGUCUGGAUGAAGGUCUGGAGCCAACAUGCUUUGAGAGCAGCUAUGCCAUUGGGGGUCUCUGGAAAUAUAAGGAGGAACCAGAACCUGGACGGGCCAACAUCUAUCAGUCUGUGAUCAUCAACAGUUCUAAAGAGAUGGCAGCGUACAGUGACUUCCCUCCUCCGGCUGAACUGCCCAAUAACAUGCACCACUCUGAGGUCCUACAGUAUCUGCACCUCUAUGCUCAGGCCUUUAAUCUACUGCCCCACAUUCACUUCAAGACCACUGUGGUCAGUGUGAGUCAGAGCCCAGAUUUUGCUGCAAAAGGAGAAUGGGAAGUGAAGACGGAGGCAAGAGAUGGCCAAAGGGAGACUCGUGUGUUUGAUGCAGUGAUGGUUUGUGUUGGACACUACAACAAGCCUCACCUGCCACUGCAAGACUUCCCAGGGAUUCAAAGUUUUGAAGGCAGAUAUAUCCACAGCUGGGAAUACCAUAAUGCUGAAGGUCUGCAGGGGAAAAGAGUGGUGGUGAUUGGGAUCGGAAACUCUGGAGGUGAUAUUGCUGUGGAUGCCAGUAGAGUGGCUGAAAAGGUGUAUCUCAGUACCAGGAGUGGAGCAUGGGUAUUCAGUCGUGUAGGUAAGGGUGGACUUCCAUCUGAUCUGGUGAUUUCGAGAAUGGACCUGAUGCUACACAAGUUAUUCCCAACAUGGAUGAACAAGAACAUGGAGAAGAGGCUGAAUGAAUCACUUGACCACAAACUGUAUGGCCUGAAGCCAAAACACAGUUUUUUUGCACAGAUUCCUGUGGUGAAUGAUGAGCUGCCCUCUCGGAUAAUCUCAGGUCGUGUAAAGAUUAAACCAAAUGUGAAGGAGUUUUGUGGUUCCAGUGUGGUCUUUGUAGAUGGGAGCAUUAUAGACAAGGUGGAUGUAGUGGUGUUUGCCACAGGGUACAACUACAGCUUCCCAUUUUUGCCCCCAGCAUUGCAGUCUAAAUCUGGUUACAGGCUGCGUCUCUACAAGCAUGUGUUUCCUCCUGGACUGACUCGGCCCACGCUGGCUGUGGUGGGCUUUAUCCAUGGUUUUGGGGCUGUCAACCCUUUGGCUGAGAUGCAGGCCCGCUUGGCUACAAGAGUGUUUAAAGGCAUUGUGGCGCUUCCAUCAAAAGAGACAAUGUUGGAGGAAACUGAGAAAGACACAGAAACCAUGCACCAAAUGUUUGCCUGCUCUGACCGUACCCCCAUCUGUGUGAAUUACAUUCCUUACCAGGACUCUCUGGCAGAGCUGGUGGGGGUUCGACCCAACAUACUGUGGCUCUUUCUGAAAGACCCCAGACUUGCUCUGCAGGUUUUUAUGGGUCCUUUUACUUCUUAUCAGUACCGUCUGACUGGACCAGGCCAGUGGGCUGGAGCUCGUCAGGCCAUUCUCACUCAGUGGGAACGGGUGUUCCAGCCUUUCAGGACCAGAGUGGUAGCAGAACCAGAGAGCAGACCCUCACCUACACUGAAGAUCAUGACAGUUUUCUUCAGCAGUGCUCUGCUCUGUGUCUUCUUGUACAAGAAACAAUGA